AUGCGCGAAAAGCAAUCCAAAGCCACACAAGAAAGACAUGAGCGUAUGCUUAACGAACUGUUUAAAUUGCCCGGGAAUGACCGCUGUGCUGAUUGUACAGCAAAAAAUCCCCGCUGGGCUUCCUACUCUCUUGGAAUCUUCUUAUGCAUUCGCUGUGGAAGUCUACACCGUAAGAUGGGAACCCAUAUUUCAAAGGUGAAAUCAGUUAGCAUGGACCGCUGGACGUUACAGGAAAUUCAA